CAGCUGGGUGCUGGACGUGCUGACCAAGGCCGGCCUGGUGCUGUCGGUGGUUUCUCUCCUGUUGGCCAUCGUCACCUUCGUGGUGUGUCGGGUCCCCAAAGGUUUAAGGCGGAUCCUUCACCUGCAGCUCAGCAUCAGCCUCUUGUUGGCACACGGCACCUUCCUGCUGGGCAUCGAGAGCACGCACAGCCAGCCCACGUGUGCGGUGGUCGCGGGUCUGUUGCACUUCUGGUUCCUGUGCGCGUUCACGUGGAUGCUGCUGGAGGGGCUGCACCUUUACGUGCUGUUGGUGCGUGUGUUCCAACCCGCCUGGCUGCGCGUGUGGCACGCGCUUGUGAGCGGGUACGGGCUGCCCGCCGUCAUUGUCAUCUGCUCCGCCAUCGCUUACCCGGAUGGAUACGGGACCACGCAGUAUUGUUGGCUCACCCUGGACCGUGGUUUCCGAUGGAGCUUCCAAGGUCCCGUCUGCCUCAUUGUGGCGGUGAGAGGCUGCAACCCCAUAACCCCAUUAACCCCAUUAACCCCAUAUCACCCCAUGUAUCACCCCAUGUCACCCCAUAUUGCCCCAUAUCCCCCUAUAUCAACCCAUUUACUCCCCAUACAACCCCAUAUGGCUAUCACCCAUAUCCUCACGUGUUAA